GCUGGUCACGUGACGUCAGUCAAGUUUCCGUGUUUACAGAGCUCGGACGACGAGCGCCUCGGUGUUGAGUUACACAGGAGGAUGCAGCGCGGUCAUGGCAUUUAUUAGGACACAAGAGCGAACAAAAGAAAGGUUUUCUCUCUUGUUGCUGGAUUUGGAGGAGUAUUACUUUGAGCAGCACACUGCAUACCAUGUGACCAGCGAUGCAAAGCAGAGAAGAACCAGAGGGUCCUUGAAGGUUUGCUCAAGAUCCAUCAUUUUUGAUCCAGAAGAUCUUGGAGAACCAAUCCUAAAGAUUCCUCUGCGAGACUGUCAGAAGAUUAAGUUUGAGGAGACAGAGAAGAAUCCUUUCAUCAAGCCAAAGCCACCGGUCAUUUCCGUUUCAUGUAAACAGGUGAUUUUCAUUAAGGAAAGCAACAUUAUAGCACCUUAUCAGAAUGAAAGGGGAUCAAAGACGCUUAACUUUGAGUUGGAGUCUUGGAGUAAAACAGAAGAUGUUGUUCAGACAUUUCUGCAGCUCCACAGAGCUUCCUGUCUGGAGAAACUUGGAGAUCAGACUGCUAUGAUUGCUGCUAAUCUGCAGUCGCGGUUAGCGAGGACGUCAUUUGAUAAGAACUGCUUUCAGAGUGUUGUGGAAAAGCCACACAUGGAGUGUUCAGCUGAGAUGGUCCUGCCUCUCGUGUGUAACCCAGGCCACGUUUGUGUUACGGAUCAAAGCCUCUACUUCCAGCCUCUUAACGGAUAUCCGGAACAUGUGAUUCAGAUCAAACUGCACAGAAUCAGGAGGAUCUACAAAAGACGACACGGCCUGAGACCUCUGGGGCUGGAGGUGUUCUGCACUGAGAACGACUUCUGCUCAGACAUCUACCUGAAGUUUUACCUCCCCACCGACAGAGAUGACAUCUACUACUACAUUGCUUCUUUCCUGGAGAACCACAUGACCGAGCACACGGCUGAGAGUUACAUGCUGCAGUGGCAGCGCGGUCAUCUCAGUAACUACCAGUACCUCCUCCACCUCAACAACCUGGCCGACCGCAGCUGUAACGAUCUGUCCCAGUACCCCGUGUUCCCCUGGGUGGUGUCUGACUACACCAGCUCACAGUUAGAUUUGGCAAACGCUGCCACAUUCAGAGACCUGAGUAAACCAGUAGGAGCCUUGAAUAAAGAGCGACUGGACGGCCUGCUGGCUCGGUACAGAGGCAUGCCGGAACCCCGCUUCAUGUACGGGAGUCACUACUCGUCUCCGGGAUACAUCCUCUUUUAUCUAGUCCGAGUCGCUCCAGAGCACAUGUUGUGUCUGCAGAAUGGUCGUUAUGAUCACGCAGAUCGGAUGUUCAACAGUAUUGGUGACACGUGGAAAAACUGCCUGGAGGGGGCAACGGACUUUAAAGAGCUCAUUCCAGAGUUUUACGGCAAUGAUUCCAGCUUCCUGGAAAACGGUAUGAAACUGGAUUUGGGCAAACGGCAGAACGGAGCGUUAGUUGGUGACGUUCUCCUUCCUCCUUGGGCCUCAGACGCCAGGGAUUUUCUCCAGAAGCACAAGGAAGCCCUGGAGAGCCAGUUUGUGUCGGAGCAUCUUAACGAGUGGAUCGACUUGGUGUUUGGCUUCAAACAGAGAGGCAGUGAGGCUGUAGCAGCUCAGAACGUGUUUCACCCGCUGACUUAUGAAGGUGGAGUCGACUGCGACAGCAUCAAGGACACCGAUCAGAGAAUCGCUAUGCUCACCCAAAUCCUGGAGUUUGGUCAGACUCCCAAACAGCUGUUCACCAGCCCUCACCCUCAGAGGAUCAUACCCAGGUUUCAGAACAACACCCGAAGCUCCAGCAUAAGCUCCCCCACCAGUGAGCUGGCCCCAGGGUCUCUGUGUGAGGACUCGUCCUUUGAAGACCUGACAGAGGAGAGCAGGAAGAUGGCCUGGGCCAACAUGGAGAGUCUGGAACGGAUCUCCAGUCACAAGAUCCAUAAGGAAUCUGUGACGGGGAUCGCUGCCACUCGAGACGGAGCUUCAAUCUUCUCUACAUCUCAAGACUCGACACUUAAAAUGUUUUCCAAAGAGCUGAAGGAGUUCCAGAGAAGCAUGUCCUUCUCUAACAUGCCGUUAUCCUCAUGCUUGAUGCUGCCCGAGGGUAAAACUGCGGUGUGUUCUUCAUGGGACAACAACGUCUAUUUCUACUCCAUCCCAUACGGGCGGAGGCAGCACACGCUGAUGGGUCACGAUGACGCCGUCACCAAGAUGUGCUGGUUUGAGGAUCGGCUCUUCACGGCGUCCUGGGAUUCUACCGUUAAGAUCUGGGAGUGUGCUUCCAUCAGCUCAUCCAGUCACAGGAGAUCCCAGUUUGAGCUGCUGGCUGAACUGGAACACGAUGCUGGGGUGAACACGGUCAGUAUGAAUCCAGCUGGUACUCUGCUGGUCUCUGGCUGUAAAGACGGGACAGUCACCAUCUGGGACACCAGCAGCUACAGGAGCCUUCAGCAGGUCUUCUGCCAUACAGGGACCAUCCACCACCUGGCUUUCAGUCCUGAUAGCCGACAUGUCCUCAGUGUUGGUGCCGACUCCUUCAUGAAGGUCACUGAUGUCCAGACAGGAAUGGUGAUCUCGUCUGUGAAGGCAGAGGAGGAACAGAGGUGUUUCUGCUGGGACGGGAACACGGUGCUGUGUGGAGGACAAUCAGGAGACCUCCUUCUGUGGGACCUGCUCAGUAAUACGGUCACCAAAAGGAUCCCUGCACACUCGGGUGUAGUCACAGCCAUGUGGAUGAAUGAUCUCUGCAACACCGUGAUCACAGGAGGAGAUGACAGGCAGAUCAUCUUCUGGAGACUCCAGAGCUAAAAGACUCUAGCCGAGGAGAUCAAACAUUCGUUGCAGUAUAACCGAUGCCACCGAACAUGUAUCCUGCAGAUGACGCGCCCCAGCUACCUGAAGAGACUUGUGAUAAGAGCUGAAAACGUCCUAGUUCCAGCAUGCCAGGGCAUUUAUUUGUUGGGUUUAUUUUUUUUAUGUUGUGAGAGAAAACGUCCAAAUGCCGUUUGUGCGUGAGAGCAGGAAGCUAAACCACGUCUUUGCCUUAUUCCCAGUUUUUCUUUUAUCCCGUCAUUCAUGCAUGUGUGGGUUUUAUGUUUAGCUUUGGUUUGCUCCUCUGACCGAUUCUGCAACCAGAACAAAAGUUAAGAUAAGAAUACACGUAGCUCUGCUUUUAAAAAUAAUGUUUCAUUCUUCAGCUUUGUAUGAAUUUUACCAUUUGGAGUGGAACUAAUGUAUCUGUCAGUGCUUUAUGCUGCUCAGGUGUUUCAUAAACACUGUUACCUCAGAAA